AUAUGUAGAAAAAUUCUGUAUGGGCUACAGAGGAAGCUCGUGUCUAUCCUUCCAAAUAGUGCAGUGAUUGUUCAAUCAUAAUUUAGGAAAGAUCCCAUGGGUGGGAAACUUGGAAUAAGAACCUAAAAAGUUGGGGGGGAUAUAAAGAGGUAGGAGGAAGAAGAUGAUGGAAUGAAAUGCAGCAACGUGUGAUAUGUAAAGAUGAAAUGAAAGCAAGGUUGGGAGUAAUUUGAGGCUACUGACUCUCCUGUGAACCCUCAGACUCCAUACGACCAAAUCCCUUUGUCUCUCUUUUCUCUCCUUUCCAACUUAUAAAAAUUUAAUGGAAAGUUGUGAUAUAAUCACAGGGUUCGCCCUCUGUUUCUUAUCGUUUUGGAACGUGAACGAAAGAAGCUCCCUUGCUAACAUGCUCUUCUUCUAGCCCACGCAGGGGAAUCCUGGUUCAGAACCCUUUUCAGGAAUUUGUAAUUUGUAAAGAUCAAAAGUUGAAAAAAAUGGCGAAGGAGUAUAGUGGCUCACCGAAGCAUCACCAUAUCGAGUCGAGAAGGAAGCGGUUGACAUGGAUUCUCGGCGUCAGUGGGCUAUGCAUUUUAUCAUACAUCUUUGGGGCAUGGCAGAACACCACGACACCGAUCAACCAAUCCGAAGCAUAUUCCAAAGUCGGUUGCACGGAUCAAACAUUCCCGUCAUCCCAAUCCUCUUCAUCAACAAAUACGCUCGAUUUCGAGAGCCACCAUGGCGUCGAAAUCAACAAUUCCAUUGAAGCGGUCACCAAGAAGAUCUCCCCCUGCGAUAUGAAGUUCAGCGAAUACACUCCCUGUCAAGAUCCGACUAGGGCAAGGAAAUUCGAUCGGAGAAUGUUGAAAUACAGAGAGCGCCAUUGUCCUCCCAAGGAAGAAUUGCUCCUCUGUAUGAUUCCGGCGCCGCCGAAGUACAAGACGCCGUUCAAAUGGCCACAGAGCCGCGAUUAUGCAUGGUACGAUAACAUUCCUCACAGAGAACUUAGCAUCGAGAAGGCGGUGCAGAAUUGGAUUCAGGUUGAAGGCGAUCGUUUCCGAUUUCCCGGCGGUGGCACGAUGUUCCCCCGCGGUGCCAAUGCUUAUAUAGACGACAUUAACGAACUUAUUCCUCUUACUACAGGGAAGAUUCGAACCGCCAUUGAUACGGGUUGUGGCGUAGCAAGUUGGGGCGCUUACUUGCUGAAGAGGGACAUCUUGGCCAUGUCCUUUGCCCCAAGGGAUACUCAUGAAGCUCAAGUUCAGUUCGCUCUAGAGCGUGGCGUUCCAGCCAUGAUCGGUGUCUUGGCCUCUCAACGACUCCCUUACCCGGCCCGGGCCUUCGACAUGGCUCAUUGCUCUCGUUGUCUCAUCCCGUGGGCCGAUAAUGAUGGGUUGUACUUAAUUGAGCUCGAUCGAGUUUUGAGGCCGGGCGGGUAUUGGAUUCUCUCGGGCCCUCCGAUUCGUUGGAAGAAGUAUUGGAGAGGUUGGGCAAGAACACAAGAGGAUUUGAAACAAGAGCAAGACUCCAUUGAAGAAGUAGCCAGGAGCCUAUGCUGGAAGAAAGUGGUUGAGAAGAAUGAUCUUGCAAUAUGGCAAAAGCCCCUCAACCACAUCCAAUGCAUCAAGAACAAGAAAGUCUACAAAACACCCCACAUUUGCAAGUCAGACGAUCCCGAUUCAGCCUGGUAUCGAAACUUGGAGACCUGCAUAACUCCAUUACCAGAGGUAAGUGGCGACAACGAAGUUGCCGGUGGUGCGGUGGAGAAUUGGCCGAACCGCGCAUUUGUCGUACCACCUCGAAUAAGUAGAGGAACAAUACCAAACGUGAACAAGGAAAAAUUCGAAGAAGAUAACAAACUAUGGAACGAGAAAAUUACAUAUUACGGAAAGAUGAUCCCGUUAGAGCAUGGACGAUACCGAAACAUAAUGGACAUGAAUGCAAAUCUAGGCGGAUUUGCAGCAGCUUUGUUGAAGUUUCCGGUGUGGGUUAUGAACGUCGUCCCAGCCAAUUCAGACCGUGACAGUUUGGGAGUAAUAUACGAACGCGGCCUAAUCGGAACGUACCAUGAUUGGUGCGAGGCCUUCUCGACGUACCCGAGAACGUACGAUCUAAUCCAUGCCGAUGGCAUAUUCAGCAUAUAUCAAGAUAGGUGUGAUAUAACUUACAUUUUACUGGAGAUGGAUAGGAUAUUGAGGCCUGAAGGGACAGUAAUUUUCAGGGAUACAGUGGAAGUGUUGGUGAAAGUUCAAGCCAUUUCAGAUGGGAUGAAGUGGAAGAGCCAAAUUAUGGACCAUGAAACUGGACCAUUCAAUCCUGAGAAGAUUCUUGUCGCAGUAAAAUCUUAUUGGACGGGUGAAACCACCCGACAAUAAGAGAAACAAGCAUAGUAAAUUUUAAAUUACUGGAGCAGUUCGUAUCUUUUUUUUUUUUUACCACUUAGGUGUGUACUUUGUUCUUCCUCUUUGUUUGUAAAUCAUUUGGGACACUAUUGUUCCACCUGAAUUUUUCCAAUCAUAGAUAAUGUUCGGGUUUU